AUUAUUAUUUCUUUUUUCUUUCAAUCUCGAUUAUACACAAUUAUAUUAACACAUUUGAAAAAGUGUUAAAUUAUAUAUACACACACACACUGUAUAUAUCAAUAUAUAUAUAUAUAUACCACGUUACUCGACUUUUAUUUUAGUAAAUAAUAUAUAGGGGAAGUGAGGGGAGCAACUUUUAAUACAGUGAAUGUUUGUGCAACGUCGAUUUCAUUCAUCUGUGCUGCAAAAGAAACUUCGAUGACAACGAUGGCCAAAAUAAAUAAAUUAACAAACAUAUAACAAAUAUAUCUGCAUUGUGUUAAUUGAUUAGUAUUGUCACUUUUAUGCAAGUUUUGCAAAUCGUUCCUUGCGAUUAGCACAUUCUUUACAUUAAAAAAACCCGACUCUGCGGCUUGGCUGGAAACAGUUGGUUUAAAUGCAAGUCUAACUGUGAUUUAGGAGGCUCGGUAUCCCGAAUUAGUUGAUGAAUUUUCUAUCGAUCCAAAACAAGCCCUGAUUUAUCUCUGACAAGCUUUGGUUGUGCAUAGCGCUCUCCAGACCAUUUUGUCAUUGCGAUUACUAAACCUCACACUGCGCCCACCGCGGUUUGGGAUUUACCUCCAUGAACACGACCCCAAAUCUAUCCAAAUUAAAAUCUGGGACUGAUAUCUGAUAAGCAACACCUCCCGUUUCGUUUAAACAUUGAAGUGAGGGAGGCUGGACGGGACACCCACGCUGUUGAAACGGGCUUUCCUUUGUAUUGUCGUAUCGUGUUAGAGUGGCAUAUGCUUUCCUUGCCUUGAUUUUUCGCCAAUUACAAGAUGUGCAUGUCAGCGAAAAACUAUGCAAUAUUCGCGAUGAAAUAAAAUAAUAUAAAACUGCAUACAUUUGAUGUUUUGGGGUACGCCGUGCAUCGUCCUGUUUCCUUAUCCGGGGUUCAUCAAGGACCCCCGUUAUUGGCUACCGGUGUCACGUGGCUUCUUAACUUUGUUCACUUGACAGAAAGUAGGAGGGUUUUACAAAACAGGAAAACGAGUAAAGGGUUAGAAAUAAAUUUUAGUGUAUUUGUGUGUGUGUGUGUGCAAUUCAAAGAAAUUAAUGGCCAUGAGUUCAUUUUUGAUCAACUCCAACUAUGUGGACCCGAAGUUUCCACCGUGUGAGGAGUAUUCACAGAAUGAUUACCUACCGAGCCACUCUCCGGAGUACUACAGCGGCCACAGGCGAGACGCGGCUCUGCAACAUGAAGCGAUGUUCCACCAGCGGUCAGCUUGCACGGAUCAGCCCUACUCCUCCUGCCAAGGUCCCGCGAAGCCUGUCGUAGUCCGUUCGUCCCCCAGGGGUCACGUCCAGCUGCAGGCCGGUCUGCAGAACCAGCUGCCCGAGCCGAACCACCACUGUGAGUCGGUCACCCCAAGCCCUCCACCCGCUUGCAGCCAAAACUCUGUGAACCAAAUCACCUCUUCUCCCACCAGUUCUUGCAAGGAGCCCGUAGUUUACCCGUGGAUGAAAAAGGUCCAUAUCAACAUCGUGAACCCAAACUACACCGGAGGAGAGCCCAAGCGCUCACGGACCGCUUACACCAGGCAGCAGGCUCUGGAGCUGGAGAAAGAGUUUCACUACAAUCGGUACCUGACCCGGAGACGCAGAGUGGAGAUCGCGCACACGCUGUGCCUCUCCGAGCGUCAGAUCAAAAUCUGGUUCCAGAACCGGAGAAUGAAAUGGAAAAAAGACCACAAGCUCCCUAACACCAAAAUCAGGUCCGGCACCAACCCGUCCAACACAAACUCAGCAGGGAGCCAAGGAAGCAUCCAGAACAGCAGCAAUGGACCUCUGCCCAGCCUAUAGCCCCAAAACGCGCUGCAUUGCAAACAAAAUGAAGGGCGCACUUUGACACACGUUUUCGUUCAUGGAAGGGAAUAUCACACCGGAACAAAUACAAUACAAAAGUUAAAAAACAACAACAAUGGAUUCUUUAUUUAUAAUAAUAAUAAUAAUAAUAAUAAUAAUAAUAAUAAUAAUAAUAAUAAUAAUAAUAAUAAUAAUAAUAAAAA